AUGAGUAAGACAAGGGAUCAAGAGCAGCCAUAUGUAUCUAUACCGCAAAUAAAUAACAACAAUAAUCCUGAUGAUGCUCAGCUGCAAGAAGAGGAAUUUGAGCUUCAAUCUUUAACAUCGCUAGACUAUGAAAAUUCAACGACAGAUCGAGUAGAACAUGAAGGUCAAAAUGAUGCUGAAUCGCAAGAAGGAAAGUCCAGCAUGAAUAUGGCAUUCAUGAACAUGGCGAAUUCUAUCCUUGGUGCUGGAAUUAUCGGUCAACCGUUUGCAUUAAAGAAUUGUGGGUUAGUUGGUGGAAUAAUAGUAUUAAUAUCUUUGUCAUUCUUGAUUGAUUGGACCUUAAGAUUGAUGGUUAUGAAUGCUGAAAUAUCGCAAACAAGGUCAUAUCAAGAUACCGUGAAUUAUUGCUUUGGAAGGUACGGAAAAAUUGUUCUUUUGUUCACAAUUAGUUCGUUUGCAUAUGGCGGGUGUAUGGCCUUCUGUGUUAUCAUAGGGGAUACUAUACCUCACGUUUUAAAAGCGUUUAUACCAGAUUCUAUUACUGGGUCUUCUUCAGUUGUUGGAUGGAUGUUUCAUAGAAAUACUAUAAUCGUGAUCUUUACUACCUGCAUUUCAUAUCCUCUAUCAUUGAAUAGGGAUAUUUCUAAAUUGGCUAAAGCUUCAGGCUUUGCAUUGGUAGGCAUGCUUGUUAUUGUAUUGAUUACUGUUGUGAGGGGCCCAUUUGCUGAUAGCUCAUUGAAAGCUCCGUUAACAAAACUAGAAUGGACUGUAAAUAUCAAUAUUUUCCAGGGCAUUUCAGUUAUUUCCUUUGCGUUGGUUUGUCAUCAUAAUACAAUCUUUAUAUAUAACUCAUUACGAAAUGCUACUUUAGCCAGGUUUGCUAAAUUGACACACAUUGCAUGUGCUGUUUCUAUGAUUUGUUGUUUUGUUAUGGGUGUGAAUGGGUUUCUUAAUUUUGGCGAUAAUACGAAAGGAAAUAUCUUAAAUAAUUUCAGGAGUGAUGACAAUUGGAUUAACUUGGCGAGGUUCUGCUUUGGUUUAAAUAUGUUGACCACUUUUCCAUUGGAAAUAUUUGUCGUGAGAGACGUCUUAAAGGAAAUUGUAUUUGCCAACAUUAAGACUGAAGGCGGUAGCACUUCACAUCUUGAGUUAUCUUCACGUCAGCAUUUCAUUAUAACUACGCUAUUGGUUUUUACCUCGAUGGCUGUAUCGUUGUUUACAUGCAAUUUGGGGAUUAUUUUAGAAUUGAUCGGUGCUACAUCAGCUUCUUUAAUGGCAUAUAUCAUUCCUCCAUUAUGUCAUUUGAAGUUGUCGUGGAAUAGAACGGACUAUAAGAACGCAGGAUAUGCUGAUAGAAGAGAAUUUAUGAUUUGGAAGUUGGUGCCGUGUAUUGCUUGUACUACAUUUGGAUUUCUAGUCAUGUUUAUAAGCUCAUACAUGAGUAUUGUAACGAACAUGAAAGAUUCAGAUGGAGGUCAUUGCAUUGGUGAAUAA